AGGAACAUACGAGCCGGAUGGGCCAAAGCGGGUUUGUUCCCCUUCAACCCAGACAGGGUACUCAGUGAUACACCGAAGCCCCCUGCUGAACUAGCCGUUCCGAAAAUCAACGAGAUGGAUUCCUGUGCGCAAGACCACGUACCGCAAACGCCCCUGACGCCAGUGUCAGCAGAAGCCGUUACGUCGCUACAUAAUCUGAUUAAACAGGAUGCUCAUAUGCUUGAUGAGACGAGCAGACAGGGCCUUGAGAGGCAUGUACAGAAGCUUACAAACGCUGCCCAACUUUCCUUUGCUGAGCGUGCUCUCCUUCAGGAACACAACCAAUUCUUGUUCCAAAUAAACAACGAGGCCAAAGUUCGCCGUUCGACCAAGCCGGAAAUACUAGGGACCGCGAGAGUGAUGAGCUAUGAGGACCUCGAGAAGGCGCGAGCCGAUCGUGCUACGAAAGAGAUCGCGAAAGAAGCUAAGAAGGCUGCGAGAGACGCUAAAAAGGCUGCAGAGGAGGCUAAGAAAGUAGCUAUACUUGAGGCUAAGAAAACUAGCGCGGGCAAGAAGCGCAAGAGUCCUGCGGAGAUAUACGCGCCGGAACCAAAGGCCAGGUUGGCACAGAUGAACGCAAUACCGAUUGCGGAGGACGAAACUGCGCCAACACCAUGGAUGGCCCUAGUGGCACAGAUGUAA